GGUUACUUUCCAUUACAUCAAAAUAUCCGCUCAUUCAAGAUAUUGCAGGUUUCAUCGUGGGCGUGUCGUGCGGGAAAAUGUUCGAUGUUUUGCGUAGAAUAAUGACCAUAACCGAAAAGUCUGUCUAAUGACCAAAUUGAUCUACUCAAUAGAGUUUGAGUUUACAGAGGACAGUAUCGCUCUUGCAGGAUUUCCCACGUUCUCAAUGACCAAAAGCAGACGGAGUUCUCUGGAGUUAACAGAUAAGACGUGACAACGUUUAUCUAACGGACCUGCUUCAGGAAAUUUACUUCAAAACAUUUUGAAUGAUCUAAGUCAGCGACCAAACAAGCUAAAAUAUUAUGAUGCUAUACUUUGUGUUACUUUUCCUACCGUAUGUCCUCAGUGCACGGACGCGAAUGGUACUCCCUGGAUAUGAAACGUUACGUACGAGAAAUGGGAACGAAAAUAGUCAUAAAGUUCUUACAGUAGAUAGGAAAGAAUGUAAGUUCCCGUUCCGUCAAGGAGGAAGCAUUCACCACCACUGUAUCACCAUCAGUUCAUCCAGACCUUGGUGUUCUCUGACGCACAACUUUGAUCGGGAUUUUCUGUGGGGAUACUGUGCAGCUGUGACCACUCAACCCAGUGUGUUCGUCCACUCAUCACGCAGAUUCACAGACCUGUGUCAGGUGAAUCCCUGUCAAAAUGGCGGCAUCUGCACUCUGGUCCCCCACAGACGCUCCUUUGAGUGCUCCUGUCCAGAGAACUUCACCGGGAGGCACUGUGAUCAGAGGAAGUGCUAUGAAACCAUACACCUGAGAUAUUAUGACAUCGGAGAAUCCUGGGGAAGGAUCUACCACCGUAAUGUGGAACGGUGCACAUGUGUGGACGGGGAGAUCUCCUGUGAGAGAGUCCGCUAUACCGUCUGCAGUGAGAACCCCUGUGAGAACGAUGGCACGUGCCGUCUCAUCACAGCCACCAGGGAGGAGGUGUGUGCCUGCAGGCCUGGCUACAGUGGACCCUACUGUAGCAUCGCUCCAGAGGCAGAGUGCUAUGACAACAAGGGCACAGACUACCGUGGCGUGGUGAACACCACCGUCUCUGGUGCCCACUGUCUGCCGUGGAACUCUGACCUGUUACAUGAUGAACUCCACAUGGGCACUGUGGAGCGCGCCAGCCUCAGGGGCUUGGGGGAACACUCCUACUGCAGGCCUGGGUCCUGUAAAGUGUGUCAUAACACCAGCAUAACAUGUCCACUGUCCAGAAACCCAGACGGGGACAAGAUGCCGUGGUGCUACACCCUCAAUGACAGAGCCAUCUCCUGGGAGAACUGUGACGUUCCGUCUUGUGUCAUGCGUUCAUCUUCUUCUCGGAGAGUGGUACAGGUGCCACGGCCGCCACCGCCGCCACCGCCACCUAACGUCCUCCCUGACACCAACCAAACCAAUGACGCCAAGCCAGCCAAGAAGCCUGUGUGCGGAAAGAGGCAUAAGAAGAGGAUAUCAGUGGCCAAGGGUCGCAUCCUGGGUGGCAGCUCUGCCCUGCCCGGUACCCAUCCCUGGAUGGCAGCCCUCUACAUAGGAGAUGACAGCUUCUGCGCGGGCACCCUGGUCUCGUCCUGCUGGGUGGUCUCUGCCGCACACUGCUUCUUUCGCAGUCCCCUUGUGUCGAAGAUCCGUGUGAUUCUGGGUCAGCAUAACUUCAACGUUACAACUUCGGACACCAAAACCUUUGGAGUGGAGAAGUACAUCUUUCCAGGCCGUUUCUCUGUCUUCAAUCCAACUCUCCAUGACAUUGUUCUGGUGAAACUGAAAAAACAAGAUGGCCACUGUGUGAGAAGGACUCAAUUUAUACAGCCUAUCUGCCUGCCGGAUAAAGCCAUGACCUUCCCAGACUACUACUGUUGUCAGAUCACUGGCUGGGGCCACAUGCAUGAGAAGGCAAAUAAAUACAGCAACCUGCAGGAGGCCGGGGUGAGGAUCUUCCCGUUUGAGAGGUGUAUCCAGCCUGAAGUCUACGGCAACCAUGUGACAUCCAACAUGGUCUGUGCUGGGACCGACCGAUGUGUGGAUGCCUGCCAGGGUGACUCGGGAGGCCCCCUGGCCUGUGUGAAGGAUGACGUCAGCUUCCUGUAUGGAGUCAUCAGCUGGGGUGAUGGCUGUGGAAAGACUGGGAAGCCUGGUGUCUACACCAAAGUUGUUAGCUACGUCAACUGGAUCAACACAAUUAUCAAGCGCAAGCCCAAGUCUAAAUGAAUGGACAUCAGCCUUAUUGUAUGGACCUUACAGCUUGUGUCCUAUUGUGGAAGAAUAGUGAUUUUUGCAUAACUGUGAAAUAAAUAUUAUUUUGUGACUGAAUAAACAUUGUAAAUAUUGUUAAA